AUGUCGAAAGAAAAUUCCGGUUCAUUUGACAAACUCUUCCACCAUAAAAAUCGUGAUGAGCACGGUGUACACUCAGGAUAUCAGGCUCAACCCUCAGGCGAGACUCGCCCACAGCAUGAAAGUGAGAUCAAACGUUUUGAGAACGAUCUCAAAAAAGAGGAGAACAAGCUCAAAAACUAUCUCGACAAGGACGAAGAACUCGAGGAGGAGGGCAAGACCUAUGGAGGCUUGAUGUAA